AUGUCUCAGACUCCAGAAAUCUACAGUGAAACCGACUGUGUUGCCUGGCUUGCGGAAGAAAUAAAGCCAGCAGCAUUCACAAUCGAGGAGCUAGAAAAGGCAACAGCAGGAGAUGACGAUCUCCAAGCUGCAAAAGACGCAAUAUAUUCCGGAAACUGGGACGCAGUACCCACUGAAUAUAAAACAGCUACAAUCAAAGAUGACUUGACGGUAUACGGCGAUCUCAUCUUACGCGGAGAUCGAAUCGUGAUUCCGAGGCAAUUGCGGGAGAAAGUCGUUCGACUCGCUCAUUCGGCACAUCAAGGAUGCACAGCCAUGAAAUCUCAGUUGAGAGCCAAAGUAUGGUUCCCAUUGAUGGAUAAACUUGUAGAGGCCACAGUGCGUAACUGUAAACCCUGUAAAAUGACCGCAAUCCCAGAUAGUCCGAACCCCAUGCUACGACGGUUACCAACAGGGCCAAGGCAAGACGUUGCGAUCGACUUCAAGGAAGGACUAAAUGGCGGGCUAUCCUUACUAGUAGUUGUAUGCUACACGACACGUUUUAUCCAAGUGGAACCUAUGAAGCCAACAACAGCUCAACGCGUUAUUACAGCAUUGCUUCAGAUGUUUAGCACCCUUGGUAUCCCGCGAUCGAUAACAGCAGACAACGGACCUCAAUUUAGGGCAGAUGAAUUCUCUCGUUUUUGUGUUUGUUAUGGUAUACACUUAAACUUAUCCACGCCGUACUGGCCGAAACAGAAUGGCGCUGUUGAACGGCAAAUGCGCAACAUUGGUAAGAGACUGAAAAUAAGUGAGAUUCAAGAAACAGACUGGCAGGUAGAUCUUUACGAGUACCUAACAAUGUACCAUGCGACGCCUUAG